GUUUUUCAGCACUAAUAAACGAGUAUUGCAGCUAACUUAACACCGUAGUAAGCAGAAUUUGCAGAGAAAAUAUAUUGAAAAAAUUCGUGUGUAUAGCAUGUGAAAACAAAGUUUUGUUUUUGUUCCAUUCAUUACGAUUGCAAAUAGAUAACUCAACGCGUAAAUGAACUAGUAAAUCACAAAAAAUAAAAACCAAACAAAAAGAGAAACAAACGCUAGAAAAUGUUGCUGCUCGAAAAAGACGUUGCUGUUGACUAAUAACAAGAGCACGCGUGUGUGUAUGCGUGUGCCUGUGCAUGUGUGUGUGUAUAUGCGCAUGUGUGUGUGUGGAGUGCAGAAAUGUUUUCCAGCGUUGGCAGCCAUGGAAUCAGCGUUGGUAUUGCCUCUACCGUGCAGGACACCGAUGGCUAUGACUUCACAAAGGACGAGAAUGCGGCCCGUUGGCGUGGCCUAUUUAUACAAUCGCUGCGCAAGGUACUGGAACAGGUGAAUCCGCGUGUAACAGCCAAAGAAGAUGCUUUGCUGUAUGUGGAGAACCUGUGCGUACGUCUCUUGGCCAAACUGUGCGCCAAACCCUUGCCGCAUUCAGUGCAGGAUGUGGAGGUUAAAGUGAUCAAAUCAUUUCCACCUCCACUCGAUCAGCGCGCCCUCAAGGAGAUCAGCGAGCUAAUCAAUUCGAAGAAACGUAAAUGUUUGCUACCCACAGAACGUGUCCAUACGUUGCUCCAGAAGGAUGUCCUUCAGUAUAAGAUCGAUAGCUCAGUCUCGGCAUAUCUUGUCGCUGUGCUCGAGUGUAUUUCCUCGGAUAUUUUGAGAACGGCCGCCGAUUAUGUGUGUCGCAUAGCUCACAGUGAGAUUGUUAAGGAGGACAUUGAAGUGGUCCUAAACGCGGAUGGCAUGAUUCUUGAUAUGCUCAACAGUAGCGGCGAGGAGCUCAAAUGCAAUGUCCUGCCAAGUCCGUUGUCCCUACCGGCGCAACGGGCAAGUGCUACAUAUGAGGAGACGGUAAAGGAGCUUAUCAAUGAUGAGAAACAAUAUCAAAGGGAUUUGCAUAUGAUUAUACGUGUCUUUCGGGAAGAACUGGUGAAGAUAGCGCGUGAUCCAAAGGAACUUGAACCGAUAUUUUCCAACAUUAUGGAUAUAUACGAAGUGACUGUGACGCUGUUAGGCUCUCUGGAGGAUGUGAUUGAAAUGUCACAGGAGCAGAAUGCGCCCUGCGUGGCUAGCUGUUUCGAAGAGCUGGCGGAGGCAGAGGAGUUCGAUGUGUACAAGAAGUAUGCGCACGAUGUUACCUCGUGCGCAUCACGAGAUGCUCUCAGCAAUCUGCUGGCUAAACCGGAUGCUUUGUCCUUAAUGUCAGCGGGUCAUGGCUUUCGAGAGGCAGUCAAGUAUUAUUUACCCAAGUUGCUACUGGUGCCCAUUUGCCAUGCUUUUGUCUAUUUUGAUUAUAUCAAACAUCUGAUGGAUCUCAGCACAUCACAGGAUGAUAUCGAGAGUUUUGCUCAAGUGCAGGGACUGCUUCAUCCACUACACUGCGAUCUCGAGAAGGUGAUGUCCAAUUUGUCGAAGGAGCGACUUUUGCCGGUCAGCGGUCGCGUGCGUCGACAGAUGGCCAUCGAACGCACACGUGAGCUGCAGCUCAAAGUGGAGCACUGGGAUGACAAGGACGUGGGCUUAAAUUGUAACGAGUUCAUAAGAGAGGACGCACUCAGCAAACUCGGCUCGGGCAAACGUAUCUGGAGCGAACGUAAGGUGUUCCUUUUUGAUGGUUUGAUGGUGCUCUGCAAAGCGAAUACUAAGAAGCAAACCCCUUCGGCAGGCGCCACUGCAUAUGAUUUUCGAUUAAAGGAGAAGUUCUUUAUGCGUCGUGUUGAGAUCAAUGAUCGGGCCGAUACGGAAGAGCUAAAGCAUAGCUUUGAGCUAAUCACACGGAUGCAUCCCGCUAUUGUUUUGUCAGCGAAGAGUGCACAGCAUAAAAGCGAUUGGAUGGCCGAUUUGAUAAUGGUGAACACAAAGUCAAUGUUGGAUCGUAUAUUGGAUAGCAUACUUCAGGAUAUUGAGCGGAAGCAUCCGUUGCGAAUGCCCAGUCCGGAGAUCUACAAAUUUGCUGUGCCCGACAGCGCUGAGAAUAUUGUGCUGGAAGAACGGGAUAGUGGCGUGGUACCAAUGAUUAAGGGCGCUACUCUGUGCAAACUGAUCGAACGGCUUACCUAUCACAUCUAUGCGGAUCCCACUUUUGUGCGCACCUUCCUAACCACAUAUCGGUAUUUUUGUUCGCCUCAACAGCUGCUUACGUUGCUAAUGGAACGUUUCGAAAUACCUGAACCCAGUUUGGUGUAUCAAGAACAACAGCAGCAGUCAAAUAAUAUAGGCUGUAAUCCAAAUGCGGAUAUCGACAAGGAUGCUGUUAUGGCAGCUGCGACAGCGGUGGAUAGCGAUAAGAUGUUAAAGAAUUCGCAGCGCGAGGAUUGGAAAAGGUAUCGUAAGGAGUUCGUACAGCCCGUGCAAUUCCGUGUGUUGAAUGUACUAAGGCACUGGGUGGAUCACCAUUUCUACGAUUUCGAAAAGGACUUAACAUUGCUCGACAGAUUGUUGCACUUUCUCAAUGAAGUCAAUAGCAAGUCCAUGCGCAAAUGGGUUGACUCAGUCCGUAAGAUAGUCGAUCGCAAGAAUAAACAAAGCAAUAAGAAGAUCGUCUAUGCCUAUGGUCAUGAUCCACCGCCCAUUGAAUAUCAUCUGAGUGUGCCUGAUGACGAGAUAACGUUGCUUACCCUACAUCCACUGGAGGUAGCGCGUCAACUCACUUUACUGGAGUUUGAGAUGUACAAGAAUGUAAAGCCAUCGGAACUGGUUGGCUCGCCGUGGACCAAAAAAGAUAAAGAACUAAAGAGUCCCAAUUUGCUGAAGAUCAUGAAGCAUACGACAAAUGUGACACGCUGGAUUGAGAAGUCAAUAAUGGAGGCAGAGAAUUUUGACGAACGUCUGGCCAUCAUGCAACGAGCCAUUGAGGUGAUGAUGGUCAUGCUGGAGUUAAACAAUUUCAAUGGCAUACUCUCGAUUGUCGCUGCUAUGGGCACAGCGGCUGUGUUUCGUUUGCGUGCCACAUUCAAUGGGCUACCGGAGCGUCAUCGUAAGUUCCUGGAUGAAUGCCGGGAGCUGAGCGAGGACCAUUUAAAGAAAUAUCAGGAGCGUUUACGUUCCAUUAAUCCACCCUGUGUGCCAUUCUUUGGUCGUUAUCUCACUAAUAUAUUGCAUUUGGAGGAGGGUAAUCCGGAUCUGUUGACCAACACAGAGCUCAUAAAUUUCUCGAAGCGGCGAAAAGUGUCGGAAAUAAUUGGCGAGAUACAACAGUAUCAGAAUCAGCCUUAUUGCCUCAACGAGGAGCCAAUCAUACGCCACUUUUUCGAGCAGCUCGAUCCUUUUAAUGGAAUGUCCGACAAGGAGAUGUCCGAUUAUCUAUACAAUGAGAGCCUACGCAUUGAGCCGCGCGCCUGCAAGACAGUACCUAAAUUCCCUCGCAAAUGGCCAAACAUUCCGCUCAAAUCACCGGGCAUCAAACCACGGCGGCAGAACCAAAACAACAACAGUAACAAGUUGUCCAGCAAUGCGACGGCUAAUGUGGAUCCAUCACCAACGGCGGCACCCUCAACAACUACAACGACAGCAAUCAGCAACAGCAGCAUUGGUGAUCAGAGUCCCCAGCAUAAUCCGCACGCCUAUUCAGUUUUUGCUCAACAACGUACCACAGACAACGGAGAGGAAGCGCCGGCUCCGCAUCUACCUCGCAAACCGGCGGCGCACGUUUGGACCCACAACAAUAGCUAUGCGCAAACGGAAGGGUUUAUUCCAUUAGAUCAACAGUCAACGUCAGCAACAGUCAGCAAUUGGACUAUGUCCGAUGGUUAUGUGAUUUCGGAUGUGGAUGUGAUGCCGCCAUCACCUCUGCCAAAGUUGAUGAUUAGUCCUCGGCAUGAGGCUACAGUGCCACCGCCGCCGCCGAUACCACCAGCCAGCAAUCGUUCACCAUUCCAUGGACGCGCUGCUCAAGCGCAAUACAGUCCUACGCACAGCAUAGCUAGCACGGUGACGCUUAUUGGAGGUGGUGGUAUAGGGGAUGUUAGUCCACAACUGAGUGACUUUUACUACAAUAGUGAACAGAGCCAGACGCUGGGACAGCAGCAAACGGGUGCGGUACCCAUAUCGCCACAUGUCAAUGUGCCAUCGGCAAACAGCAUAGAGUAUCGAGCUGUGCCACCGCCGCUGCCGCCGCGACGUAAAGAACGCACCGAAAGCUGUGCGGAUAUGGCACAGAAACGUCAAGCGCCUGAUGCACCCACACUACCUCCACGUGAUGGUGAGCUAAGUCCGCCGCCUAUACCACCUCGAUUAAACUAUUCCAUGGCAGAGGGCUAUGGUCGUCAGUCCAAGGAGUUUGUAGGCAAAAGUAGUAGCUUGUUGUUGCCAAACACGAGCAGUAUUAUGAUACGCCGUAAUUCGGCAAAGCAACCAUCGCUGGUGGUCAAUGCGUCAGCUAUCCCGAACAAUAACAACAACAACAAUGCAACAAUAGCAGCGGGAAACGAAGAGCCACAGCAACAGCAACAGCUACAUCAGCAGCAACAACAACAACUGCAGCAACCACCACAGUCGAUCUCGCCAGCAUUAAGCUCCUCGACAACCACAUCACCAAUGACCCCUAUGACGCCCAUGUCACCUUACAUUCCCAGCACUGUAGACGGCUCCAGCAGCUACCCUCCACAACAAUACCAACUGCAGCAGCACCAAACUCGCCAUCGACCGCAGCCAGCGCAAGCUCAGCAGCCUCUGGCUUGUGGGCAUCAUUUUCAACAACAGCAACUGCAGCAUCAUUCGCAUUCACAUCCACAUCCACAUCCACAUACGCAUACGCAUACGCAUCAGCAUCCAUCACAUCACCCGAACAGACGCUCGUCCCCAAAGGAAUUCUUUCCGAAUGCCACGAGCCACGAUGGCACACCCAAACUUCCACCAAAACCUAGUCUAAGCGCAAACUUCUACAACAAUCCAGAUAAAGGUACGAUGUUUCUUUACCCAAGUACAAACCAAGAAUAAUAUUUAUUGCCUAGCGAUGUGUGAUAGGAUAACAAAAAACAAAGUAGGAGAGAAUACCACAGAGAUAGAAAAAAGGGAAAACGUGGCAUCAAGUGCAUAGAAAAUAGAUAAUAUAAAAGAUAUAGAUACAGUAAAUAUAUAUGUAUGUGUAUUAAAUGAGAUAUAUAUAGUAUGGACCGAAUUAAAUGCGACGAUUUUUAUUAUUCGAAACUUAAAAAAACAACAAAAAUUAAACAUCCAAAAUUGAAAGGAAA